AUGUCCACGUUAAAAACAGCUCACAUUCGCUUCACUACAUUCCUGCGUCGCCAGGCCUGGGAUUUCCGUCACGUUCAAUCCAAUUGGCCUUCAUUUGUUCGACUGAUAUUGUUUGGACUAGGGGUUUUGACUCUGGGACUCUGGGUCUUUCCUCUACACCGGACAAAAUUUCAUGGCUCGAACGCUUUACGAUGGGGCGUCAACAAUGACGUCGUCAUUUUAACUGGUCAAAACCUGCAACGGUCUUUACCACUUGGCUACAUAUACCCCAAUGGAGCUAGUAACAAGUUCCAAUGCGACUUGCCAGCACUUCGACAUCAAUGUGAGCUGGACCGAGUCGACGGUUGCAAAGGUUACCCGCAGCUAUUCCCGUCUGCAGCUUUGUUCGACAAUUGGAAUCCUGAGAAUACGGCACAAAUACCUCAAGCCAUUUUUGACAGUAUCUGCCAUUUCAACGUCUCCGAUUCGUAUGAGCUCCGUCUUGCUCAAAUGUUUCGCGAGAUGGACGUGCCGUUCGUAGCUUAUGGAGUACCGGAGCUAAUGGCAGCUGCAGAGCGGUGGACGGACGACUAUUUGACAAAGCAAUUGAACCCGAAAACGCUGUACAACGUGAACGUCGCUAAUGGCAGCCACUAUAUGUAUGCUACAAAGAAGAAUCAACUCACGGGCGAGAAACCUACGUACGAAUCCCGACGGAUGACAUACCCACAGUUUGUGAAGGCACUGAAUGACGUCAAGUUGCUUCAUGAGGCUGGAGAACCCCAUAAGUACUAUUACCUCAUGCUCGGCAAAAACGACUUUAUGAAAAAUGCAGCAUUCGUCUAUGAAGAGCUUCAGUUUUUGAACCCGUCGUUAUCUGAGCAUGAUCCGCGAUUCGGCGACCUUUUUAUUCGUGACAUUGCUGUUGCCAAGGAGAAGGGCAUGCGCUGUCGUCUUGGAAUGCGAGGCAUUAUUGCCGAGGGUCAUUACGAUAACGAUUUGAAUUAUGUCUCCAUCAUCCGUGGAACCAAACGCUAUGUGAUCUCACCGCCCAGUGCCUGUAAAUGCCAAGGGCUCAUAACUCAGGGACAAUCUGCGCGUCACACAUCGUAUAAUUGGUCGGACAUUAAUGCUCUGCCGGAGGAUGCGCGCAAUUGCCCGGCAGCGGAAGUGGCGCUCACUGCUGGUGAAGUUUUGUAUAUUCCGUCGUUAUGGUAUCAUCACAUCGUUUCGAUAGACACUAGCAUCCAGUGCAAUCUGCGCUCCGGCGGUAAGGUUCGUGACGAAGCAAACAGCUUUAUCCGUGAAUGCAUGAAAUCAUGA